AUGCAUGGAUUUGUAUUUAAUGCAAAUUUUAUUGGAUUUCAGAGCUCAACGAUUAAUUGCAAGUUAUCUCACUUCCGAGAAUUCGGGAAGGGUGUUUUGAAGGUGUACGGAACUCAUCCGGAUGCAUUUGUUCAAGCUGCCAUUCAGCUCACGUAUCAUCGAAUGCAUGGAAAACCGGGCAGCGCUUAUGAAACUGCAACUACUCGUCAGUUCUACCAUGGACGUACUGAGACUUGCCGAACUUGCACUUUGGAAACAGUUGAUUUUGCGAAAGCCAUGGACGACGUAGAUACCGAAGAGACGACGAAAUGGAAUCUGUUGAAGAAAUCUCUGGACAAGCAUCAGCAGCUGAUGCGCAAAGCGCAGGGAAAUAUGGGCUGUGACAGACACAUGUUUGGGAUGCAGAUGAUUGCGAAGGAGAAUGGAAUGUUUGACCAGCUUGUUGGCGAGGUGUUCGGUCCCGGUGCAUGGACCAAGAGUGGCGGUGAUGGACAGUUCAAACUGUCGACGAGUCUGCUUGGCUACACGCCCAUGACCGGUGGGAUGGUGGCCAUGUGUGCCGAAGGCUAUGGAGUGUUCUACAGCAUCGAAGACGAUUGCAUAAAUUACGCCGUGUCCAACUGGGUCGGAGCCGGAACAGACCAUGAGGAAUUUUCCCGUGUUUUCGAAGAUUCCCUGCUGGACAUGGAAAGGCUAGCCGCUUGCAACUACAGCGCGCCUCUUUGAAAUCCCACCCGACGUGACCAGUUUUCUACUAAGCCGUUUUUCUCUCUCCUUUUUUCCCAAUCCGGAUUUUCUUGAUUUUGCGGAAGCUGAAGUUGCUGCUGCAAAACGUACGUGACAAUGAUAUCGUCGAAAUUCAUUUGACGUUCAGGAGGCGGUUGUUCCUGAUGAUGGUGAUUUUUUUUUUGUGGAAGCGUAUUCACCUUGGUGAAAAAUGUGUCGUGCAGAACCAAUUGAAUUCGAUGUAAAAUAUUAAAGUUAAUGCCAACUUUUGAACAAAUGACACAUAUUAUCUACGAUGAGAUUUUAUCCAAAAACUGAGAUGAAAUUUGAAUGCUAAGAACUAUUGUCUCACAAGAUACAAGUAUUACAGUAAUCGGCCUGUAAAGGAAGUUGGUAAUGUCAGAUACAUUUUGGCUGAUUUUUCUGAUGAUUCGUUUUAUUUGUUAAGCUACAGUUUGCUUCUUGACUUGUGCACACGCUGCUUGAGAGAAGAUUAAGUGAUGAAAAGCAGGUUAGUGUAUGCUUACUUGAAUAUUUAUUUGACCGAAUUCAUGAGAAAAAAAACCAAAGAAAAGACGCAAAAAAGAUUUGAAUACUUGAAUCCAGUGGAGCAAAAGUAUCCAAGAAGCGUGUCUGGUUUCUAGUGGAAAAGUCAAGAAUGAAUCAGUACAGUAUAGCAAAUUGGAAUUUCACCAUGAGAAGCCUGUAUUAACCCAAAAAUAUCACUUCACGUACUUUUUUUGUUGACUGGAUGCUUGUUCAUUUAAAAUGUAAUUGAAAGCUUCUUUUAAUUUUGUGCGUGGUAUUGGAAGUAACUGCACUUAUUGGUCGAGCAAAAGCAGGCCACUUUUUUCUUUUAAAUCAGUUUUGUGCGUGUCUCCACAGACCGAUUGUGACAGGAAGGAUGUGAAGGUUUAUUUUAUGAAUUUGACAGAACGGUUUUUGGCGAGGAAUUCAAGCAUUCCGUGCUGCUGUUGGAUAUUUGUGAAUUUUUCGAACAAGUUUUGGUGUUCUGGGAAUGGUAUCUUGUGGCAAGAAGGAAUCUUACGCAAUUGACUAACUUUUACAGCAAGGUUAAAUCCCUUUUUAUGUUCGGUGAUUAUUCAUGCUUUCCGUGGUUCAUGUGUCGUUUUGUGUGGUCUUUUCUAUUGUCUUUGUAGGAUCUGUGCGUGAGGCGCAAAAUUAUUUCGACGAAAAUGAGCAAUGCAAGUUGAACAAACAAAAAGUUAUCCAGUUUAUAAUUUUGAUUGUGAUCGCGAAUGUCUCGGUUUUCUUCAGGUAAAAGCUUGAGUUCAUUCUUUUGGAACCCAAAGAGCAACUUCUGAGGCAAAUAGCCCAACUUCCCGAGUCAAUAGUUACUUUGUGUUUGUUGGUUUUUUUGCAUUUGUUCGCGCGAUUUUAUGAAAUUCUGUACUCUAGUGUAAAAUAUACGAGGUUUCACAUA